AGUCCGUGGAUCAACAUAACCUCAAAAAAGGGAAAAGAAAAAAAAUAUUUUUGCUGGUGAAGAAGUAAUUUUAGCUGCUGAAAAAGUACAAUAUUUUCUUUGAAAAAGAAAGUUUUCAGAGUACUGGGAAUGGACUAUUUGCGUGGGGCAUGGAAUUAUGUGUUGAGUUGCUUCAAUUGCCAGGAGAAUCACCGGAAUCAGAGAAACGAACCAAAUGAGCGAUCGCACUUGCUGAUUGAUCCCGUGAGCAAUAGUCCAGCCGUGAGGCCCGUGACAGAUGACUUCACCAGCGAAUACCCGAGUUCUCUGCCCAAGAAGGACGAACAGACAGCCCUGAGCCGAAUAGUACAAGAAACAGCAUCGAACAUAAUUGAUGUCGCAGCCAUGGAUAUGCACAACCUGGAGCCCCAGGAAUAUUCAGAUCGGGUGAAGCUCUAUUCACAGCGCCUGGCCCAGCAAUGGAACACCGUCAAUCAUCCUCGCACGGGUCCCAGGGGUCUCCUCCAAGAUAUCCCAAAUCCCGAAGAAAUCCUCUCAGCUUCCCCCAUCAGCCCCGCUGAUCUCCAGAUGAUGAGGACCACGGCGCAGUUGGUCAAUGCUGCAGUCACGGACAUCCAAGUGGAACACACAGAGGAUCUCAUUGUGCCUUUCCGGAUCACAUAAAAAACACUCCCUUCCCCAUGCCCUCUUCUGAAAUCCCAAAAUCCUGGCCAAUGUGCAACGUCUUUUCUAUUUUAUUCCUCCUACCGAGCUCUUCAAUCUGCAUCCGGGAAAACGGAAAAGUGUCAAGAGGAAUUUCAACAUAUUUUCUGUUAAUAAAUCGAUAUUUUUAUUAAAGUA